AUGAUUUCUCAAACUCCUUUCAAGCGGCAAUUUCCUCUACAAAAUGAUGCCAUAGUCUCAUUUCCGGCUCCACAUGUGAUGUUGGUCGUCUUCAAUCGACCCCAAGUCCUCAACGCCAUGACCAGUUCCGCACAAUAUGACCUCGAAUCACUCUUCUCCUGGUACGACAAUGAACCUUCACUUCGAUGCGCCAUUGUUACGGGUUCGGGCCGGGCCUUUUGUGCUGGGAUGGACCUAAAAGAAUGGAAUCAAACCAACGCGCGUCGAGCAAAUGGUGAACAUGCCGGUCAACCCCCGAUGCCUCGAUCUGGAUUCGCUGCCCUAUCACGACGUCAUGGCAAGAAACCUGUCAUCGCUGCGGUGAAUGGGAUAGCUUUUGGUGGUGGAAUGGAAAUGAUUGCAAACUUGGAUCUGGUGGUAGCGGCCAAGGGAGCACGCUUCGCUCUUCCCGAAGCAAAGCGUGGUGUCGUCGCUUUGGCAGGUUCGUUACCAAGGCUGGCUCGAACAAUUGGCCGUCCGAGAGCGAUGGAAAUGGCGUUAACUGGUAAAAGUAUCACGGCGGAGGAAGCGAAAGAUUGGGGUCUGGUUAAUGCGGUGGUAGAGGAUAAUACUACUGAUUGUGCGGUGCUUGACCGACCAGUUGUCAAGGCCGCAUUGGACUAUGCUGCUACUAUCGUUGAUAACAGUCCCGAUAGUGUGAUUAUUAGUCGUGCGGGUAUCGUGGCUGGCUGGGAAGAUGGGAGCGCGGAAAAUGCUAGUCGCUUACUUGCUGAUAACUGGGAGCCGGCAUUGAAUGAUGGUGAAAAUCUCCAUGAAGGGAUUAAGGCAUUUGCUGAAAAGAGAGCACCGCGCUGGGUGGACAGUAAGUUGUAA